AUGAGUGUGUUUGGCUUGGUGAUUUGGAGAAUGGAUGCUGCUAAUUUUUUUUAAUCCAUUGUAUGAUAGUUUGUAUGAUGUUAAAUGAGGCAUGCUUGUUAAAACAUUGUUUCCAAUUCUACUUGCAGUUUCAUUGAUUUUCUAACAAAGUCAGUUUUUUUUUCCUUGUCGACCUUAACGAUAUGAGUUUGGCAAUCUGUUUCAACUAUUGCUGAAGCAGCCGACACUCUUUCUUCAGUAGCCUUUCUCACGAAGAUUACUUGUUUGUGCUUCAGCUCGUUCUAAAACAUAUUUUCGAGUUCUUCUUAUACUAUAUAUUCGAAACUGUAUUAUUUUGAUUUGUGCAAUGAAAUUUUCAUUAUAUUCAUAGUUGUGAUGGAUUGUAUAUGAUUGUUUAGUGGGUUUGAGAAAGCGCCAUUGAUGAGGCCUAAUAAGAAUAUUUGUUUUUGUGGGGCAAAACAAAGAUGAAUAUUGACCAACUAAACAAAGCAAAGCAAAGAAGCUGAUAAUUGAUCACUUAUUAUUAGGGAGGAAGUGGCAUUAGGGUGUGCCACGUCUCUCCCUCACCAGCAACAAUUUCCCUUUUUUUAUAUUUGUUAUCCGAAUUCAGAAUUGACAUUUGUGAAUAAGGUCAACUCCAUAUAUAACCUUUUUUUUUUUUGGGUUUGUGGUUCUUUUAUUUUUAUAAAUAAAUAAAUUCCACUCAUUAUCUCGUUUUCAUCCAUCCCCACGCCGCUGAUAAAUUAUACAGAAAAAUUAGGUUCUGCUGCUUGACCUCUUCUUUCUUAUCCUAUUUCUGUUCGUGGCCAGAAAUUUAUGUUCAAUCUCAAAGGGGAAGAAUCACUGCUAGGAAAAAUUGAGAAUAUUUUGUAUGGUCUCAAAUUUAAUUUGGAAGAUGGGUCUCGAGAAGAUGAAUCGACAAAAAACAAAUUGUGCUUUGAUUGAUCCACCAAGUUGUUCCACCAUAUAUAUAUACAUCCGAGUUACAUAUCUGUUGACGUCAUUCGAUAAAUACUUACUUUUGAUUGUGAAAAACGUCUAACUCGUAUAUGUAGAUAAAACCAAAUUUCGGAGUUGGCCAUUCAACUACUAAAAUAACCAUAAGAGGAUUGAUAAUAAUAUAAACAAACCCUCCAUGGUAGAAGUCAAAUGGAGGGAGCUAGGAAGCUUCUUCUAACAAGUUACAAGAAAGAUAUACUAAACCCAAUAAACCCCUAAUCUAACAAGUUUUAGACUUUUGAAUAUUAGGAAGCUUGUAACUAAACUUUAACCUCUUUUAUCAAUUAUUUGAAUGAGUUAGUUCUACGAUUUGAGAUGAAAGGUUUUAAUUAUUAUUGAGAGGUUUUGUAUUCGAAUAUUGACUAAUCUUAUAUUAACAAUCAAUAUCAGCUAUCACGUGACCAUGUAAACUUCAAACUCAUGAAUUAAAUUUCCGUUAAGAUUUUGUGUAAAAUGAAUGUUACAUAAUCUAUUUGUGAACAUCUUCUAACAAUUCAAUUGAUCAGACCAAACAUAUUCUUUGCUUUAUAGUAAUUUCGCAUGCACCAAACCCUCUGCCUAGUGCAUUGGACUAAUUUUUUUAGGUGUUUCUUUUCCUACUUAAUUAUCUAACUAACGUGUAAACCAGGUAUGUGUUUAAAGUGGCCUCAAACGUAGGACUUGGGACUCCCAUUUUAGUCUUCCAAGUUGGAGGGCGUUCUACUGAAAGUAGUAACUUCCUUAUUAAUAUGGGACAUAUAUGCAUCGACUUGCUUUACGUAAGGGGAAAGUAAAUAAAGCUUGAUUUCAACCAUACGCAGGGAAUUGCUUCUUCCUUAUUAAAAUUGGCGACCUUCAUUGGUGAAUAAGUGAUUCAUCUAAUGAUGUGGUAAUAUCAAUCUAAGGGCUCGUUUGGAGAAUUGGAGUCUAAAUCUCUAGAUUCUAGACAAUCCAAAGAUUUUAACUCUUUGGAUUGUUGAAAAAAGAUUUGAAAAUGUUCAUUGUUUGGUAACUAUGAUUGUUAACAUUCAAUGAAAAACGAAAUUCUAUUUUUUUUUUAUCUCAUAACAUGUUUAUCCUUAACCAAAAUAAUUAGAUUGGCUCGAAAAUAUUUAGAAUUUAUUGGUAAGGGUAUUUAGUGGGAUAAAUGAAAAAAACCCAGAGAUAUAAUAGGAGGGAGAAAAUCUUCAAAAUCAAGAUGUAGAAUCUCUCUAAUUAUGAGAGAUUUGAUAUCUCUAGAUUUUAGAUAUUUAAAAUCUCUGAAGUUACAAUCCACGAUACAAAAAGUAGCAAAAAAACAUCACAUUUUGCUAAAUCUAUGGAUUCAAUAAAUCCACGAUCCAAAUCUUGUUCUCCAAACGACCCCUAAAUGUUUCUGGUUUGAUGUUUUUCUUCUUCUUUCUUCGUUUGUACUCCAGACUACCCCAAACUCGGUCUAAUUGCUUUGAGGUUUGACUUUUGGUAUGGAUCACUAUGCACGAUUUCACGCUGCAUUCCGAUUGAGAAAGUCAACUCCUAAACGCACCCGAUUAUUAUAAUGGAUAACAUAUAAUAAAGUCAAUUGAUCUAUGCUUAUAAUUUGCGACACUUUCGUGAAGCAACGAAUAUCGUAGAGGGUUGAGGUCAGAUGAAGUAGGAAAGAAUAUUAAUUAAUAUCCCUUGCUUAGGGGCGUCCUUAAAGUGGCUCGACACCCUGGAUAGGAACCUCAGAUGAACAAUUUUGGAAGUUGAUUGGAAUUGGGAUAAGUUAUAUACUAUUGAACCACAAAGCAUACAUUAAGAGAAACAAUGAAGAAUUUGGUGGAAAAGCAGUAGAAAGUUUGUUUUUGUCAUGUUUUUCUAUACUAUCAACCCCAACAACAGUUCAGAACAAGGUUGCCAAACCGAUUUAUAUUAUUCAACUGGUAAAGUAAGGGAUUUAAGGUUUAAUGGUCUGAUUGGGGUUCGGCCGGUUUGAGCCGUUUUAGUCAUUUUCUAAAUAUAUAUAAAAAUAAGGUGGUAAUUAAAAAUUUAAUGACUAAAAUGAAAUUUAUCUUACAUGUAUCUAUUAAAAACUUAUUAUCCACAAAUAAAUUUACCUAACCUUCAUGACCGACCCACCAUCUCCCUUUCUUCGUUCCUCUUCCUCUCUUCUUCUCCCUCUUUAGAGGUCAGACCGGGGGGCUUAAUGGAGGCCGUUUUGAAACCCGAUUUAGAUCGGACUGGGUUCAAUCGAGGGUCCGAUAGGGAUUUAACAACCUUGGUCCAGACAAUGACGAGAGGAGAUGAUUUUCUCAUCUUGAAACUGUUUUUGUGUGGUUCUUUUAUUAGGAAAUAACACAUAAGAGAUUGCUUGAGAGAAGUCUGUUGAUUUUUCGCCGAAUCAAAAACCAGUAAAUUCAUUGUGUGCCUGCUGUAGGGGAAAUCUAUAACAGGAUGAUGAUAUCAGGUUGCUUUCUCGCGACAUAGUCUGAUUGAUCAGUCUCGCGGCCUGUUCUUCAAAAUACAUAAAUAUCGAAGAUUUUGUGUUAUUAUUUUAUUUGUUUUUGUUUUAGUGGAUAGUGGGUAACGAUAUUCUGCUAUGGUUUAUUUGCGGUUUAUCACGAUUCAAACCACUUGAAAUCACAAAAAAAUACCACCAACCAAAACCAGACCGUUGUUCUGGUCUCACACGAUCUGGACCAAACCAUGGUAUAUAUAUAUAUAUAUAUAUAUAUAUAUAUAUAUUCUAAAUCACGAUUUCUCAAACGCGGUUUGAUUUAGAUUUCUAGCCCUAAUCGAAAUAUAUGAUUUGAAUCUCCUCGUGAAUGAACCCAAACAUUAAUCAACAACAAUCCAUGCUCAAACCCGCAACCCAAAUGAACUAUAUAUUCUUCCCAAUUCCUACUUCACCGUAAGCACCCCGUUCUCAUUUCCUCAGUUUUGCGCGUCAAAAGCAAUGAAGAUACAAAGCAUAUGGUGGCGACAGUUACGAGACCAUCAAAGAAAGCGAUAGAGAACGUUGCAGCACUAAAAUACAAAGUCAUCUGUAACGCAAUCUACGCUAGCUGCUUUGAAAGAAGUGGUUGGGUUGGGGAAUGGGGGGAGACUGGAGAGCUCAGCUGUUGCAUGUGAUGGUGAAGCAUGCCAUCGUAGGAAAGGCAGAGACUUUUUUUUUUUUUUUGGGGGGGGAGCAGAGCAGAGUAGUUGAACUUAAUUUGGUCUCUACUUUACAAUUGAAUAGUCACAUGAAGAACGAAACCCUCCUCAGUUCUCACAUGGUUCCUCUCUCCUUCUCCAUCUUCUCCCAUGUCUCUGUUUCCCUGAAUUUAUGUCUCUUGCAUGUAAACACAUGGUAUGCAGAUUUGUGCAUAUAUAGUUUAAAUUCAUAUGAGUUGGCUUCGGUUUAAGGAGUCGUGCAAGGCAACAACUCAAGUUAUUGAGACCUACUGGUUCUUGACAUUAGUCAUCUUAGAUAUGACUUAGUAUUAACACGAAUGGUUGAGUUGUUAUUGGUAGACUACGUAUGAGCUCAGGACUGCUGCACAAGGGCCUUAGUCGUCAACUUAAGCGGCGACAUAAUCACUCGAGCCAGAUGGAUGAGAGUGUUUUUUUUUGUGUGUGUGUGAUCUUAGACUGUCUUGGGAAUCAGGACAGUUUCGCCAAAGUUCGACAGGUAGAUAAAUUUCUUACAUUCACGCUCAACUAGAUAUUAUUAUUAUUAUUACAAACACCAACAAUCUUCAUACAUCGUUUACACUGGUCAUGUUUGCCAAUAUCCCGACAGCGCUCCUCGAAGUACAACGAGAAGUUACAUCUCCAAACAUGUUUGCAAGGGCAACUUUUUGUGACUAAUUUUCUUGCUCGUAGCUCCUGUGCGUUGGAAAUGUGGUUAUCUAACGAGCGUGUACGAGUAGAAUUGAUUAUAACCGAGCACAGAAAGAACACAAAGAUUAACAUGGUUCGACAAAUGUAUGUGUAUUCGUUUCAUAAUGCAAAUCGAACUUUCUCAUUGUUUUCGAGAGUUGUAAAACCUUAUCGAUUCAACCCGACUAAUAUACUACUAGUGGUUCAAGAAAUAAUAGAGGUAUACAGAAACAGCCGACACCAGGUGAGUAACUUUCUCCCACCCCGGGGUUCAUUCACCUUGAAAUGAUUGCUAGAAAUGUGAGGGGGAAAAAUGAUUCCUUUCUCACGUUGAUCAAGAGUAUUAGAUCGAAGAAGGUGAUGGGUUAAUUUACUCUAACCUUAUGGGCGCUCUAAUCCUGCUGCUACUUUCCUUUGGCUCGUUCUUCUCUUGGCCGUUUGUGACAUGUUCAUGCACUGUUGAUUAAAUCUCUUCUUCGAUCAUUGCAUCAACAGUGUUCAUACAGUACUGUCACUAUAAAAUAAAUACAUGUAGCUUGAAUUUUGUUUCGCGUGGAAGAACGCACUAUAAAAUAAAUACAUGAGUCAAUAUAUGUAAAUAAUCAUGUUGUUCAAAAUGUUGGAAAAUAUGAGAUGAACUAUUCGAUCAUGAAAAGUUACUAUAUCGUGAAAUUUUUACUCACUCUAAAUCUUGAUUCAAAACCAUUCAAUAUGACAAAGAAUAACCCGCAAAUCGAAAACAUCUACAGUACCCAAUAUGACAAAGAAUAACUCUAGAUUCUUGGAAGCUAAACAAGUAAUCUCAGACUUUGAUACGAGCUACCAACUAGAGAGGAGUGCAGACUCGUCGAUCACCAUAACCCCCGAGAACACCUUUCUUUCCACGUGCGUAUCAUAGAAGAUGUGGAAUUAUAUAUAGAAUAUUGAUCCCUAAAAUUUAGAUCGCAACAAAAUGGGCAAAACAAUCUUGCUCUCGUUUUGAUACUUCCAGACCGCUUUGGCCCUUAAUCUAAGGUUGGAGAAUGGUCUGAUAAAUACUCUCUCAUUAACACCGUGCGUGUAUGCAAUUCACCAUGUCAAUUUUUUCUUCUUCUUCUUGUUUUGUCGAUUGCAACGCAACAUUGCAACAUUAUGCUAGGUGAUUAGUUAGAAAUUAACCUGCCUAUACAUGGGGAUGGCACUUAAUAUCAAUCGAGGAAGAAGAAGAUCAAUCUCUGCAGAAGUAAAGUGCAGAACAAGAGCAAAACGCAGAAAUGAAGAAGAAGAAAAACCCACCCAGAAACGAAACGUUUCUGGGUUCCCUCCAUCCAACUUAAACGAAGAGCCAAAACGACGACGUUGUGGAUACUCGGAGUGGACCGUUGGGUGGACUUUCACUUUGCGAAUGGAUGGCUGCCAUCUGUUGUUUUACCAUUACUGUAACUUGAAUUUCAGUUUUUUCAUUUCCGUUUUUACUGUUCUAGCUUUUGUAUCUUGAAGAACAAUUUUCCAGCUUAGUAUAAAUAGAAAAGCAGAGAGAUCCCUUGCUCUCUUGCGCAUUUCCCACAUUUGUGUGCCGUCGUCUUCUUCCGCUAACCCUAGCUGCAGCUAGUUUGAUAUGGUAUCAGAGCGGUUGCUCAUCCAGUAACCUGCAAUGGCGACGACACCACCACCAAACACACCUCCGGGAGGCAUUCCCUUCGGCUCGUUCUCAGGCACCACGAGUGGAGGUUCCAACAACAACAACGAUCGUCCAGAUUCCCAAUUCGGUAACCCUUUUUACAUUAACCCAAAUGAAAACAUCUCUCAGGCCAUCGUUUCAGAGGUUCUCGACGGACCCAACUACCAGAUGUGGCAGCGAGCCAUGAGAAUGGCUCUGAAGACUAAGCACAAAAUUGGUUUUAUAGAUGGGUCGAUCCCAUCUCCAGGAGUAGCUAGUCCUAAUUACAAUACUUGGGAUGCUUGCAAUACUCUCGUUUUAUGUUGGAUCUUGAAUUCUGUUGACAAGGAGAUUAGGAGAAGUGUGAUGCAGCAUGAUGUAGCUCGAGAUUUAUGGGAAGAGCUUAAGGCUCGUUUUGGGUAUGCAAAUGCCAUUAAGCUGUCUAAUCUGGGAGACCAAAUUAUUGCCUGUAAGCAGGGAAACCUCAAUGUUACCCAAUACUACACUGCCCUGAAGGGUUUGUGGGAGGAACAUUUGCAAUUCAAUCCCAUUGUUGACUGUAACUGUGCCCCACAAAGGACUCAACCCUGUGCUGCAGUUAAGGCUUUCAAGCAAAAACAGGAGGUUGAUUAUCUGAUAAGAUUCUUGAAGGGACUUAGACCUGAAUUUGAUGUGGUCCAUACCCAGAUUUUAAUGAUGAAACCUCUCCCCACAGUUGAAGUUGCAAUCAAUGAUGUGUUGCAACAUGAACAGAAAUUGAAGGCAGAUAAAGGAAUCACAAGAGGUGUCCAAACCAUAGCACUUGCUGUCCAAGGAGAUGCCCAAGAUGGGAAGAAAUUCUGUCGUUAUUGCAAAAAGGAAGGACAUGUGAAGGAAGAAUGUUGGAAGCUGAAGAACAAAAAGCUUAGAAUGUCUGGAGGAGUAGCAGCAACAGUGUCUCAUGGUGAAUCUUCCAAUGACAGUGAUAUGUCAAGUUCAGAUUCCAAGAUCAACUCCGAAUCCAAAAGUGUGUCUUCCAAGGAGAAUAUGAGUUUCUCAUCUGAGGAACUCAGCAAGCUGAGGUAUUUGCUGCAGAGUGUUCCUUCUCCCAGUCCUUCUCCACCAGCUUCUCCUUCUGUGAAUCAUCAGGCUUUCUCAGUCACUCAUGGGGUUUCUCAGUUCCCAAACUAUGCUGGUAAGCUCAUUCUGUCAUCCUUUAUGCAGCAUAGAACAUAAUCUUUCACUCAGACUUGGAUAUUGGACACUGGGGCUUCUGAUCAUAUGGCUUGUAACAUUGAUUUGUUCACUGAAGCUAUUCCUGUCAAUGAUCAAUUUGUGAACUUACCAAAUGAGACUAAAGUUGUAGUUAGUCACAUAGGAAAGGUUCAACUCUCUCCUGACUUAGCCCUAGACAAUGUGCUCCUAGUGCCAAGUUUUACCUUUAAUCUCAUAUCAGUUAGCAAAUUGACCAAUGACCAACCCAUCUCAUUGCAUUUUGAAUCUGAUUCUUGUCAAAUUCAGGACCUGGUGACACAGAAAAGGACUGGUUUGGCAAGACAGAGUAGGGGCUUGUACCAGUUACACACCAAGAACAAAGUUCCCAUCUUACCUGUUCCCCAAGCAGCUUUCUCCUACAACUUUCAACCACAAAACAUUUCCCUUUGGCACUGGAGACUAGGACAUCCCUGCAAAGACAAAGAAAAACAAGCAUUACCUUGUAAUAGUGAUGUAGUUUCCCAUUGCCAAAUUUGUCAUUUUGCUAAGCACAAACGCCUUUCUUUCCCUGUUAGCACUAGUAGAGCACUAGAUGCUUUUGAAUUGAUCCAUGUAGACAUAUGGGGCCCUUUGGCUGUGAAGUCUCAUGAUGGAUUUUCUUAUUUCCUAACUGUGGUGGAUGAUUACUCUAGAGCUGUGUGGGUGUUCUUGAUGAAAUUUAAAUCAGAAGCAGGUCCUUUAUUGCAAUCCUUUUGCACUAUGGCUGAAAGACAGUUUUCUAAACGGGUUAAGAUUAUUCGAAGUGAUCAAGGUUCUGAGUUUCACAUGACUGAGUUUUAUAGUACUCAUGGGAUCAUACAUCAACAGUCUUGUGUAGAAACUCCAGAACAAAAUGCAAGAGUGGAG